UUGAAGACAAGAGUUGCUGGGAGCUGCAGCUUUUGUGCACUGUACUGGGUUUCAGCUUCAUCACUGACUGCUGGGUGUUUUUUGGGGUGGGGAUAAACUCUCCAGUAUGAGCAGAUUCCAAGAAAUCAAGUGAAUAAUGUGAGUUAAAGUAUUGCACCUUUGUGUUGGUAGCUCAGCUUUCCUGCUCUGCUUUUGUGAAGAAGCUGUUAAUCAAAUGGACUGUGAUGUUCUUAAGUGGAUGUGAGGAGGGGAGGUUUGGUUUGAGGUGACAAAGGCAAGAAAAUUAGUUGUCUUAAGCAAAUUAUCUCCUUUUCCAUGGGGAAUUAAGGUGGAAUAUCUUACACAUACACAGUAGUAGCUUUCAGCAGGUGCCUUUAAAAGAACAGGUGUGCCACAUCUUACAUGCUUUCUAGGUUAUUGCAACUUCUUCUAUCUGGCUUUAUAUUAACUGAAUAUUCUUGUCUCUGUAACCAAACUUUGAGUGAACCAUGGACAGAUUUAGCUGGAUGACUCUGAAGCAAUUCUGUGUUGUCCUGGUGUUUGACAACAUCAGAACAUGUGCAGUCCUCCUAGCUUUGCAACAGAUCUUAAAAGCCUUUUAUAUUACAUUUAUCUCAUUAAAACAUUGUACUGAUAAGUGUAUCAAUACAAUCUUGCAUGGGUUGUGUCUCAUUGAAAGGGACUGGGCUUGAUGACACAGAUCAUUCCCAUCUUGUUCUUUCUUUAGGUACAUCUCUAAGCUUCUUAGACCUGUAACGACAGGCAGAAAACACAAGACAGUGUGGAGGAAAAGUCACUGGCUCUGGGUGAGGAUUCAGAAUGGGAGACAAGCCUAUCUGGGAGCAGAUUGGGUCCAGCUUCAUACAACAUUACUACCAGCUUUUUGAUGCAGACAGGACUCAGUUAGGAGCAAUAUAUAUUGAUGCAUCAUGCCUUACGUGGGAAGGACAGCAGUUCCAGGGCAAAGCAGCCAUUGUUGAAAAACUCACUAGCCUCCCUUUCCAAAAAAUACAACACAGCAUCACAGCACAAGACCACCAGCCUACACCUGACAGCUGUAUACUCAGUAUGGUAGUGGGACAGCUUAAGGCUGAUGAAGAUCCUAUCAUGGGGUUCCACCAGAUAUUUCUAUUAAAGAACAUCAACGAUGCCUGGGUUUGCACCAAUGACAUGUUCAGGCUAGCAUUGCACAACUUUGGCUGAGCUGCCCAGCCCGAGGCUCCCGUGCUUUUUUUUUCGUUUUGUUUUCGUUUUCCUCCUCUCCUCCUAACUGGUAUUAUUCACACUCACGGAACAUUCCAAAUAUCAUACACAAACCUGCAGCACUGCAGAGCGUGAGCAAGCAAGACUUGUGACCUGCCCUUCUGCUGAGUUUACAUUGUCACUAGAUGAGUUUCUUGUGCAUGAUGUUUGGAAGUUAGACUUAGCUGCAUUUGAUAAAGAGAAAUUUUGUGUUGUACCAGCAUGCCUCGGAAAGAAUUUAUAAUGCAAAAGGUUGUUGUUUAUGUACUGACAAGAUGCUCUAAUAACCCAAAGAAAUGAAAGAACAGCAGCCUGUACAGCCCAGUUAUUGAUUUGUUCAGAUGUUUCAAUGCUACGUUACACAAUAAAACAGAGAUUUUCUUAAAAGUUUAAA